AUGUCAUAUCCCACUACCGAACCAUCCAAACGAGUUAGGAGAUUCUUACCUGAACCCAUUGAAACCACCACACGCAAAUCCAAGGCACCCCAGCCAACAUCAUACGUGGGGAGGAAGUUGCUGCAUGAACAAGAAGACCUUAACACUGCAGCGGGGGCCAAAGACGACACAAAGUGUCACUCAACUCACCCUGUCGCAUCCGCCAAACCUCUGAUACAUAUAAAACCUCCGUGCAGCACUGCAUCACAUGUCCACGACAACUUGCCGCCAACUUGCCUACCAUCUAAUAGUUAUCCAGAGAGGCGACAUAGAGGAGAGAAACAUGCAACAGAAUCGCUGGCACCGCUGCGACAAAGCCGUAUAAGCGGCAAACAGAAUGAGGCAUUAUGCAACACAGACAACUCUCAACUGCGCCCGAGAAAAUUUGUGCCUCAGCUAAUGGAAACGGCCAGCCGCUCAUUUCGCCGCGACUCGUGCACAUAUGCACCUCAUGAAAAAUACCGACCGGAGCCUGAAACUGAUCUGAAGCAUGCGAGCGCUAUCGGGGAUACACCGGUACAUAGUGAAGGCCACUUGGCACAUGAGUCUCGAUUUUCAUACUUCCGGCUUCGGCAGCGUCAGGAGAUAAGACGGCAUUCUUUUCGAGUUCCCGAUCUCCCCGUGAUUCCUUCUAGCGGUAGCGAAGCAUCUGAAGCGUCUGACUUACCAUCAUUGCCCGUGUCGCCAUCUGUCUCAUCCCGACAAUCAGUGAUACGGCCGAGAGUGGAAGAAGGUCGCAGGGAAAGUUGCGACGAGCUUUUCUCAAGCUAUCUACUCUCUCUUGCUGCCCGCUCGACCGAAAAACAGUUAAGAGACCAAGCCUUAGCAGCUUUCCCUAAUGAACAAGUCUAUCAGCCGGUGGAUCACUUUGCCAUUGAUACAGAAGAGGAUUGUUCCAGCCAAGAAGAGCCACUAAUACGUGAAUCGGAUGAACUAAGAAGGUACCGACGUGCGUCAUCUGCGGAUUUGUCUUGGGAGCUCGAGUAUAUGCGGCAGCAUAAAGAGGAGGCAGAAAUGCGAGACCGUGCCAUGGCUGGCACACAGGGUUUGCAUCUUUCAUGUGUCGGUCCUUUAAAAUUAACGGCCUGCGGUAAACCAAGGCCGCAUAUCUAUCCAGACAAGAAUCGGGAAGGAGAUCACGGCCGAGACCAACAAAAACACCUCAAGAGCCCACCGAUGUUAGGCGACGACCUUACUUUCCCCCAAAGCUUGUCACCCGAAACAACUUUCUGUGAGAGUCACCCUUUGGCCGAGUGCAGUAACAGUGUUCACAACCUUCCCCACCUUUGGCAUGCGGCUCCUCACAACAAUGAUGACUGUGGUGGCGAUGGUCUAUGGAUGGGAACAUGCAAACAGGACAAGCAUUGCCGAACCUCCCAAGACUCUCUUUCCUACAGUACAUUAGCUCCAGUUUCUCGAAUUAGAGGAACGAGUUGGGCGUGGCCGAACGAAAUGUUGACAUUAAAAGACAAAGCUCAUCCUAAGCCCCAGACGAAGCCAGAACCACACGAUGAGAAGAAGCGGGACAGCUCUGAUAGCGACACUGAACCCCAAUUUCAGGAUGGGUUCGUCACUCAGAUUUAUAACUACUUGUCUCUAGGCUAUCCUUGUGUUGCUCAUGCCAAGGGUUAUGUUAGCAUCGUCGAAAACCCCAGAACAGGAACUUCUGUUAGCGAUGUUUGCAGCCGUUGGCUGGCUCUUCGCUCGUAUAUACGCGAUUGGGCUAGUCAGCAAGCUACUUCGGCUGAAGACAACAGCAGUCAUGGGACAUGGGGUGUACGCGAGAGAAGGGGUAGUUGGGCGGGGUGA